AUGUCCUACGGAAAGUCGCUCAGUCAGAGCCAGAACGCUUUCGUCGUACCCCCCAGCCAGCCGGAGGAGGAGCCUUUGGAAACCGAAUCCAGACACUCCAAACGCCGGUUCAACUCCAGUCUUUACGAUGCCGUAGCAGGCCGGGUAAAUCAGCGAGGGUUUCACCCUGCGGCAGCCUUUGCCUCGCGCUAUCGAGACACGGCCUCUUCGGGAGCUCGAAGCCUCCGCCCGGAGGAGGUUCUCGCUCGCGCACAGAAUUAUCCCACCAAACAUCAACGCUUGGCAUCUGCCGGGGAAGGAGAUGCAUAUUUCGCGCAUGAGAGGCUACCGUCGCAUCUGGUUCUGCCAGACUCCAGCACCCUCGAGGCCGUUCAUGCCUACGCGGCCGACUUCUACGAAUAUGCGACGGACGACCACGGGCUCCAUGACCACCAAAGCAUGGAUGAGACUGCUUUGAUCGCCAUGGGAAUUCUGGUGGAAGAAAUGGCUAAAGAAGUCCUUGGAGAAACCGGGGAUUUGGUCCUUGUGGAAGGAGAAGAAGUACCGGAAGCGCCCCAGGAACGCCCGCAGGAAGACGACGAGACAGGUGCUCACAGUGACGCUACCACCAUUUCACAGCUGGGUGAACCAAGCCGACGACGAAAACGAAUGAAUGUGGGUGCCACCAGCGACAUGGCUACUUCGCAAGAGAAUCCAAAGAGUGUGCAACGGACGGCCAAGCGCCGCAAAUUGGGAAAUAGAGUAUCCAUUGCCGACGCAGAAUCUGGAGAGGACGAAAGAUGA